UCCUCCUCUGCACGACGCCUGGCUGGGCCCCACUCUACCUCCCUCCCCUUCCUCUCCUCACUCCCUCCAUCCAUCCAUCCAUCCAUCCAUCCAUUCCUCCCGCUGAACCGAGGAGCGGUACCGGGUGAUCCACUUUGGAGGAGACACCUUUUUUUCCCCAAGGGAUUAAUGAGCCUCCAAGACGCGAGACUUCUACUUUAAGGCUCAUUUAGACUUUUUCUUUUUUUUUUUUUUCUUUUUCAAACAAAUAUUAAUAACACCUGGACUGGACUGUCUCUCACCUCAGUCUUACUCGGUUCUGGACCUGGACCUCUACUGAUGGAACAGGCUCAUUCCUCCGUUCUCUUGCAGCCGCCCAACGCCACCUAACAUUUCCUGGAAGAACGUGUCCGUCGCCCGCUCCCAACAAACAUGGACUGUUUUCCCAUACUUUAUUUUCUGUCGAGACAUCAUGAUUCCUGGUAAUCGAAUGCUGAUGGUCCUUUUCAUAUGCCAAGUCCUGCUGGGAGAGAGCAACCAUGCUAGUCUGAUACCUGAAGAAGGGAAAAAGAAAGUUCCGGGCCUGCAGGGUCGUACGGACGCUCAGAGCCAUGAACUGCUGCGGGACUUCGAGGCCACCCUGCUGCACAUGUUCGGCCUCAAAAGGCGGCCGAGGCCCAGCCGCUCGGUCGCCGUGCCUCGCUACCUGCUCGAUCUCUACCGGCUACAGUCUGGGGAGGUAGAGGAGACGGGCGCUGCCGAUAUCGCUUUUGAGUACCCGGAGAGGUCGGCCAGCCGGGCCAACACUGUGAGGGGCUUCCACCAUGAGGAGCAUAUGGAGAGGGUAGAGGAGUUGGAGACUGUGAGAGACGGUGAGGCCACGCCCCUUCGCUUCCUCUUCAACGUCAGUAGCAUUCCCGAGGAUGAGCUGCUAUCCUCAGCCGAACUGCGCCUCUACCGGCAUCAGAUUGACGAGGCGGGCGGCGACAUCCUCUCAGACGGCCUACACCGGAUAAACGUGUACGAGGUGCUGAAGUCCCCGAGGCCCGGCCAGCUCAUCACGCAACUUCUGGACACGCGACUGGUGCGCCACAACACGUCGCAAUGGGAAAGCUUUGACGUCAGCCCCGCCGUGCUGCGUUGGACUCGUGAGCGCCUCCCCAAUCACGGGUUGGCAGUGGAAGUUCUCCACCUCAACAAGACGCCCCGCCACAACGGCAAACACGUCCGCGUCAGCCGCUCGCUCCACCAGGAGCCGGGCGAGGACUGGGAGCAAAUACGCCCCCUCUUGGUGACCUUCGGCCACGACGGGAAGGGCCACACGUUGACAAAGCGGACCAAGCGUAGCCCCAAGCAGCGGGGCCGCAAGCGCAACCGCAACUGCCGGCGCCACGCGCUCUACGUGGACUUCAGCGACGUGGGUUGGAAUGACUGGAUAGUGGCGCCACCUGGAUACCAGGCUUAUUACUGCCACGGGGAGUGCCCCUUCCCCCUGGCCGAUCACCUAAACUCAACCAACCACGCCAUCGUCCAGACACUGGUGAACUCUGUCAACAACAACAUUCCCAAGGCGUGCUGUGUGCCCACGGAGCUCAGCGCCAUUUCCAUGCUCUACCUGGACGAACACGACAAGGUGGUCCUAAAAAAUUACCAGGAAAUGGUGGUGGAAGGCUGCGGCUGCCGCUAAGCUAACCAAUACCAGGACUUAAAAAAAAAAAAAAAAAAAGCAGCAGAAGGUCUUUACUUCCAAAAAAAAGUUCACUUGGACCCUUAUUUAUAACUUGUAUGUUGAGGUGUAUUUUGUCUCACUUUUUUUGUUUCUUUGUCUGACAACUUGAUCAUAUAUUUUGACAAAAUAUAUAUAUAUAUUUAUAUCUACAUAUAAAAAAAUAAAUUGAGUCCUCAAUUUAAACGUAAAAAACAUGUCAUAAAGUACAUUGUAUACAAACAUCUUAAGACAUGACAAAGUUUAUUUACUGGUAAUAUUUAUUGCUAUCACACCAGAAGAACCAAACAGAAUUUUCAUCAAUCCGAGCACUGUGUGGAUUUGUUCAGUUCGGCAAUGUACAUUUGGCAUUAUUUAACCUCUCUGCAUUGAUAUUAAAGUCAUUAAUUUAAACCCC